AUAGAACCUCUGAUAGCUCCUCGGCCCACCUGCCUUUCUUGGAGUCCAGUCUAAGUUUGAUGCCUCGCUUGAUGAUCUUGUUGACUGCCUCCACCUGCCCAUUUACUUGCRGAUGUGCGGGGGACGAGCUAAGGUGACUUAUGCCAAGCUUGCUGCAAAAGUCUUUGAACUUGGCGUUGUCAAACUGCUUCCCAUUGUCUGUCACAAUGGCCUGCGGUAUACCAAAGCGACAUAUGAUAUUUGUCCAUACGAAGGACGUGACUCUGGAUUCCGUUAUGUGGGAGAGCGCCUCGGCCUCGGCCCACUUUGUGAAGUAAUCCACAGCAACCACAGCGAACUUGGUCUGGCCCUUGCCCAAAGGGAAAGGACCAAUGAUAUCUACCCCCCACUGCGCGAAUGGCCACGGGGCCGAGAUGGGGGUGAGCAGCUUGGGAGGUUGGUGGAUUAUGGUUCCGUAGCGUUGGCAAUUGUCGCAAGUUCUAACGAACUUCUUGGCGUCCUGGCUGAGGGUCGGCCAAUAGUAUCCUUGUCGGAUCACUUUGGCUGACAGCGACCGGACGCCUGAGUGAUU